AUGUCUUCUGGUCCCGUGCUCGAGAACAAGAAGUGGAAGAUUGAGAAUGUCGACGGCAACUCGGAGCUCAAGGUGGAGAUCGGUGAGAUCGGCCAGUCGGUGUACAUGUACAACGUCAAGAACUCUGUUGUGCAGAUCUCGGCCAAGUGCACUGCGGUGACGCUCGACAAGUGCGAGUCUGUUGGCGUGGUGUUCGAGGGUGCGGUGGCGUCGUGCGACACGGUCAACUCGAAGAAGGUCCAGAUCCAGCUCCAGUCGGGCCACUGCCCGCAGUUCAACAUCGACAAGUCGUCGUCGGUCAAGGUCUUUGUCAACUCGGACGUCCGCGAGGAGAACGCCCCGACCUUUGUCACUGCCCACUCGCAGGAGGUGCUUGUCAUCGUCCUCCGUGGUGAGGACCAGGACCCGCUCGAGCUGGCCAUCCCCGAGCAGUUCCAGUCGGUCUUCUCCGGCGACUCGCUCCACACUGCCCCGACCGACCACCUCGGCUACCCCUCGUCGAUGGGGUCGUCGUCAGCUGCGCCUGUGGCGCCGUCGUCGGGCACCGGCCUCGUGCGGGCGCUCUCGUCGGGCGGCUCGUCGGCGGUGGACGUCGAUACCCGGACGACGUUCCGGUCGCGGUCGCGGUCGCUCUCGUACGGCUCGCCGUACCGCAAUGACCUCGGGCUCUCGUCGCGGAUUCUCUCAUCGGUUGCCGAGUACCCGCUGUCGUCGUCGGGCUCGCGGGCGCCGAGCUCGGGUGGCGGGCGCGGGCUGAGCUCGGGUGGAGCGUUGGGCUCGGGCGGAAGCGGGGCUGGUGGCCCCGGCGGGCCGCCGAGCUCGGGCGGAGCGGGUGGGCCUGGAGGCUCCGGACGUGGCGGCUCGUCGCGCGGCUCGACCGGCUCGAGCACGUCGAGCUCUGCGGGCACGGCGCCACAGACGGUUAUCUGGGGCACGACGGUCAACGUCGAUGACACCAUGCAGCGGUUCCGGCGCUUCCUCCGCGACUUUGAGAUCGACGGCGCCAACGAGCCGCUGUACCCGGGCCUGCUGCAGAGCAUUGCGCGGACCGAGGUGUACAACCUCAACCUCGACACGGCGCAUCUGCGCAACUACGACAUGGAGCUGUACCGCCAGAUGGUGGCGUUCCCGCAGGAGAUCAUCCCCAUCUUUGACCUUGUUGUCCACGAGCUGUUCAUGGAGAUGUAUCCUGACCACGACCAGUCGCGGCGGAUUCAAGUCCGCACCUUUAACCUCGAGAGGGUGUUCAAGAUGCGCGACCUCAACCCAGACGACAUCGACAAGAUGGUCUCGAUCCGCGGCAUGAUCAUCCGGUCGACGCCGGUCAUUCCCGAUCUUAAGAAGGCCUUUUUCCGCUGCUCCAUCUGCGACAACCCGGCCGAGGUCUUUAUCGACCGCGGACGCAUCGACGAGCCGCGGAGCUGCAGCAACUGCGGCACCAACUACUCGAUGCAGCUCAUCCACAACCAGUGCUACUUUGCCGACAAGCAGGUGGUCAAGGUCCAGGAAACACCAGAGUCCAUUCCCGAGGGCGAGACGCCGCACACGGUCAACCUGUGCGCGUUUGACGAUCUCGUCGACGUGGCCAAGCCCGGUGACCGCGUCGUCAUCACCGGCAUCUUCCGCGCGCAGACCGUUCGCGAGAACCCGCGCCAGCGGACCGUCAAGUCCAUCUACCGCACCUACAUCGACGUCAUCCACUACCGAAAGCAGGAGUCGGGCCGCCUCGUGUCAGAGAACCCGACCGCCGAGGCCUCCUCCGAGUUCUACACGCCAUUUGCCGAAGACACACAGGCGUCGGCGUUUUCGGACGCCGACGUGGCCUCCUUCCGCGAGCUCGCGGCAUCGGGCAACGCGUACGACGUGCUCACAGCUUCGCUCGCGCCCGGGAUCUGGGAGAUGGAGGACGUCAAGCGCGGCCUACUGUGCCAGCUGUUUGGCGGAACGAACAAGGAGAUGCCUGCGGCGCGGUCGGGCCGGUUCCGCGGCGAGAUCAACGUGCUUCUCUGCGGCGACCCCGGUACGUCCAAGUCGCAGCUGCUGCAGUACGUGCACCGGCUUGCGCCGCGUGGCAUCUACACCUCGGGCAAGGGCUCGUCGGCGGUCGGCCUCACAGCGUACAUUUCCAAGGACCCAGACACCCGCGAGCUUGUGCUCGAGUCGGGCGCGCUCGUCCUCUCGGACCGCGGCAUCUGCUGCAUCGACGAGUUUGACAAGAUGUCCGACUCGACUCGCUCGAUGCUUCACGAGGCCAUGGAGCAGCAGACGGUCUCCAUUGCCAAGGCCGGCAUCAUUUGCACGCUCAACGCGAGAACCUCGGUCCUGGCCUCGGCCAACCCGGUCGAGUCGCGGUACAAUCCCAACCUCUCGGUCGUCCAGAACAUCGAGCUCCCGCCGACGCUCCUCUCGCGGUUUGACCUCAUUUACCUCGUCCUUGAUCGUGUUGACGCCCGCCUCGACCGCAAGCUUGCCAAGCACAUUGUCUCGCUCUACAUGGAGGCUCCGCCGGAGCCCGAGGUCAACGUCGUCGAGAAGGACUUUUUCACAAAGUACGUCUCGUACGCCAAGCAGAACAUCGAGCCGGUCAUCUCUGAGGCGGCCAUGAACGCCCUCGUUGACGGCUACGUUACUAUGCGCAACCCGCCGGGCUCGGCUUCGUACGGCUCGCAGGCGUCCAAGAAGGUGAUCACCGCCACCCCGCGCCAGCUUGAGUCGCUCAUCCGCCUCUCCGAGGCUCUGGCCAAGGUCGAGCUCGCCGAAGUGGUCACCGUCGACCACGUCAACGAGGCCAUCCGCCUCAUGCGCGUCGCCCUCCAAAAGGCCGCCACCAACCCCAAGACCGGCACCAUCGACAUGGACCUCAUCACCACCGGCCUCUCCACAGACACCCGCGAGCUGCUCGCCCGCCUCCAGCGCAAGGUCAACGACAUUCUCGCCGCCUCGCGCACCCCGUCCAUCUCGUUUGAGGACAUUCUGGCCAAGGUCGACGACCCGGCCGUCUCGCGGACCGACCUCCACGACGUCAUCACCCAGAUGGCCGACCAGGAGCUGGUUGUUCUCUCCGGGACGCAGGCGAACCCCACCGUUCGUCGCCUCUGACGCCAUCUGCUGGCCCUCAAAAUAGUUAAAUGCUUUGC